AUGUCUGCACCAACUUCGAUGCUGACAAAAACUUGCCGCUACCCGUUAAACCCGUUGCAAAUCAACGGAACACAGGCACCAAACACCACAGUCUGUCCAGACAGUUGCUAUUGUGCAUACUGCAGAAUUUCUGACAAACAUUCAGUGUCCUCUCGACAUGAAGUUUACUGCAAUAAGAGACCAUAUACUCAUAUUCCUUCAGCAUCGAUUCCGGUGGAUGUAGGUGAUUUAUUCAUGAACCAAAAUUAUAUUGUUGGCAUCAGCGGCGAUAGCCUGGUGCACUUCACUCAGCUACAAACAUUGUAUUUGAAUUACAAUAGUUUAUUAUCAUCUGAGAUGGAUGAUCAUAUAUUUGAUAGCCAAGUUAACUUGAAAUCUUUGCAUCUGGAUUACAAUCGUGGAUUAGUUAACAUUCGCAAAAGUUGGUUUCUUAAGUUGGUAUCCUUACAAUCUAUAUACAUUCAGCAUUCGGUUGUUAAGACUCUCGAAAAGGGUUUGUUUGAUAAUUGUCUUCAACUUCAAACAAUCUCUCUUACCGGAAAUCAGAUAGCUAAACUCCCUAUCAAUAUAUUUCACAACCUUCCAUUUCUGAAAAAUAUUGAUAUUGAGUCGAAUGACAUCGGUUUACUCCCUUCAUACCUAUUUCUUGGAUCACCGAACGUGACGCGGUUUUUCGUGCAAAAAAACAAGGUGACAACAAUCAGUCAAAAAAUUGGAUUCCAGGAGUUGACCAAGUUGAUUGCUCUUGGAAUUGAGUACAAUCCAUUAGUUUGUGAUUGUAACCUGGUAUGGUUUCGUAACUGGAUUAACCAAACCAAAGCAACACUUGUGGAACUCGAGCACGCUACAUGUAAAAACAAGGAUGGAAUUAGUCUAGUUAGCUUUGAUGCAAAUUCUCUUAGAUGCUAUGUGUUUUUAAUUGAUUUAUUAUUUCGUCUUUGCGUUGACUUCAGGGAUUUUGUAGUUGGGGGAGCGAUUGCUGACAAUAUUUCUGAUGCUAUUAAAUAUAGUCGCAAAAUGUUGAUAGUUGUCACCAAAAACUUUGCUAAAAGUGAAUGGUGUUACUUUGAAAUGGAAAUGGCCCGAACACGUAUGUUUGACCAUCACGAGGACAUUUUAGUAGUUGUAAUAUUAGAGCAUGUGGCGAGUAGAAAUAUGCCGACAUUGCUUCAGAAGAUCUUGAGAAAGAAGACCUACAUCGAAUGGACUGAAAAUCCAGAUGGUCAGAAGGUGUUCUGGACACGCUUGGCGGCGGCUUUGAAUACUCCGAAUGCUCACCACGACCGUCUAUUAAAUUGAGAUGUGCUAAAAUCCAGAAAACACUGUGCAAAGAUUAUUGAAUGCUAACGAUUUAGAUUAUGAAGUUGCUAGCAAUAGAAAAUUGUGGAAAAUUUUAUUUUGAUUUUCAA